AUAUACCACUGAAUAGAUCUGUUUUGAACAUGACUAUUUUGAAAAGUAUUCAUUCCUAUAUGGAAGGUGGACAUUAUGGACCACCCAACUGUACACCUGUACAGAAAGUUGCCAUUAUUGUCCCAUACAGAGACAGAAAAAAACAACUCCAAGUCUUUUUGAAUAACAUGAUACCAAAACUAAAGCGACAACAACUAGAAUUUGCGAUAUAUGUUAUCGAGCAGAAAUCCGGUUUGCCAUUUAAUAGAGGUAUGAUGGCAAAUAUUGGAUUCAAAGAGGCCGUAUCUGACAUGGAAUAUGACUGUAUAGUAUUUCAUGACGUUGAUGUUUUACCCGAAGAUGACAGAAACUUUUACGUGUGUUCUGACAAUCCAAUUCACAUGUCAGUUAAGGUAGAGCAAUUUGGAUACCGUUUAAUAUAUGAAAAGUUGGCAGGUGGAAUAAUAACAUUCUCAAAAGAGCAGUUCGAAAAAAUAAACGGAUAUUCCAAUCAGUUCUUUGGAUGGGGAGGAGAAGAUGAUGACUUGUAUAGAAGGAUAAAAUUCAACAAGUAUGAAUUAAUUCGGCCGUUUGAAGAUUUUGGGAUUUGUGGUAGUGUUAACCACGAGCCUGCUGAAAAGAACAGUGAUAGGAGAAAAUUUUUAAAAUAUUCGUAUGAAGUGUGGAAAAAUGAUGGAUUAAGUAAUUUGAAAUACAACCUGUUACGGAAAGAAAAGAAACAUUUGUAUAGAUGGAUAUAUGUCAGCAUAUAAAUGAACAUACAGAAUCUGGUUUUAAGUCAACAUGAUGGCAGUAGCGACGAAUGCAUUGGUAAAAGAUGUGCACACUCACACACAAGAGAA